AUGAAUGUUGAGAAACCGGUGGUUUUUCUGUACGAUUUCAAUAACUACACCAUUAUUCCCACUUCGGGUGGAUUUUACUCCUAUUUUGCGAACGAAUGCGUCCGAUAUCUAAGUGAAACGUUUCCGCCGAAGUAUAUAAGAGAGUCGAGACAAUUGGUGGCCGUUAUGCUCGAAGAGGACACCGGCGAUAGUCAUCCCGCGAACGGAAGUAUCGCUAUAUUUAGACGCAUAGACGCGAACACCAAUACAUUCCUCGACAGCCAUUACCUGAGCGAAGACUUGGAAGGCGUUAGAGCUCACUAUGAUUUAGGGGAUAAUCACCAAAUAGUAUCGCUUAUCAAAUACAAUAAACAAUAUACAAAUGACACGUGGAGGGAUAUGACUCACGACCUGUUUUUGCGGUGCGACGAACGCCGGGCGCCGUUCAGUCCGUUUGACUUUUGCGAACAAAACUACAAUUUCGAUAAUAUAUUGAGUUUGGGAAACGAUCUAUACUUUCAGCGAAACACCAGUUUUUGGCGAUUAAAAAGUUAUGGAUUCACUUCCGACUCGUAUCCGACGGGUUCUCCACUCAAAUCGCAAAACAUUCAAAAUCUGGUUUUCGACUCACACUUCGGCCCAUUCCUCGAGACCGAAGGCUUUGACACGAGUCAACGAGUGUUUGGCUUUUCAUACAAAGCGAUGGAUCGGUUUCCGUGCGGACACUUUACCCGCGACGACGAUUACUCUCAGUGUGUGGACAAGUAUUCAAAGUCGCCGUACUUUCACAGCGUGUGUUUGUACGGCACGGUUAACCGAAUGGGGACAGCCGUACCCGUGUUCAGCAUAGAUAACGGGUAUUUUAAGUCAUACAUUCACACACCGGGAGGUCUGGAGCGGCCGAUCAUCAAAGAGGGUGACCGACACCGACAGUUCUGCAAAGCCAUCGCCGAUUACGUGCGGUUCGACGAGCAAUACGUGAUUCGCAUCGGAUUCGGUGUCACACAUAUUACGGGCUAUCAGACCGGCGGACGCAACCAAAUAUCGAUUGCCCAAACCAUAGCCAAACUGAAGGGCGUGGGCAGCCAUCUAAAGGAUACCGACUUUGCCGUGUAUUCAAUGAGUUUUGAAUAUUUUUAUAUUAAAAACGGCCAUUCUUUGGAUUAUAAAACAUUUGACCAGAAACUCAACGUCACCCGAAAGGUGUACUAUAUCCCAGCGCACCAUGAUAACUUUAUUGUUCACUCACUGUUCCGAUACAAAAAUGUUUCCUACUGUUUGGUUGGUUACGGGCGUCCGCACACCCGAUAUCUAUACAGCGAGGACUUUAAACGCAAACCCCCGCCGGACUCCCCAAAACACCCGAUCAUUUUAUGGUUUGACAAAACCAAUGAGAUAGAGUGGUCAACAGUGGUCACGUGUCCCAUAGAAAUGAUGAGAUAUUCAGUGGUCAGUAACUACUUGGAGGGCCAGCUCUGCCUCAGGAAACCCACAUAUAAUAUACAUCAGAGUGUGUUGAAUAUCGGUCCCGCACUAUACCAUCAAACAGGCCUUCAUUUCUAUUAUUACGAUAUAAUGAGAAAGAAAUUUAUUUUUGACAGACAUGUGACCGAACUAUUGGCCACUUAUUUCGACACUCGACAUCGUGUGACCGGGUAUUCAAUUGAAUUGCUAAAGGGUGACGGCUAUUAUGAUGUGACAAUUCACGGCAGGAGUAGUUUUGCGUAUCGACCGCUCGGGAAAUACAUUUACGGGCUAUUUAUGUAUGUCUACAAAGACAAAGACACGAAGACAUUGAUGCCAGUCGUCAAACCCAGUGACUACUUGUCCGGUACGGGCGUCACCCGAUUACUGUUCUCACUGGGCCCGCACCGGUACGAUGGCCUGUUUGACCAUCAGCUGGUAUUGUUCGCCUGGCAGUUGGCACGGAUCGAGAUGUAUCAAAUUGUCACCACGUUCCCGGACAAGAAUCUGACCAUGGUGGUUCACCACGAUCACUCACAGCAUGUCGAUGCGAAGCAGGUAUUGUUCCCAUUCAUCGCUACCACUAUAUCGAAAGCAGCCAACUAUUACUACCAGGAUAUGUGUCCGUUUGACAAAUUCAUCGGCGCUUACUUUGAUUACGACAACAUUACGCACAGAAAAGGCGCUUAUUUGGUGGCAACCGAUAACAUAAGCGAUACUCUCUAUCUGUUCAAUAUGUUAGACUGGGGUCGCAAACCAUAUAUUGAAAUCGAUUCGAUGUAUAAUUUCAGGAAAACGUUGUGGUCUUACUUCACCACAUAUUGUCCACUGAGAGGUCCAAACGAUUAUGAUUUUACCGGAACAAUACUUGUGUUGAUUCUGAUUUUGUCGACAAUUAUUGUCGCUUUCAUUGCUUUUAAAUUCAAUCCAAACAACAGUCAGACCAACAAAAAGACCAAACAAUAA